AUGGCCAAGGAAGGUAGGGACCGGACUUUUGCACAUGUUGAAUAAUUAUUAUUCAAAUUUCAGCUGCCUACCUGGAGUGCAUAAAAGUCGCCCAGCCGUUUGUUUAUCGCCAGUCCGAGGCAGAGAAUCGGAUCCGUCGGGUGCGAAAUGCUGAUUACGCCGCUUCUGAUGACAACAGUGAUGAGUUCGAGGAUUCUGGAGUGAGUUUGGGGUGGGAUGAGGAGGUUAGACGAGAACAUAAGUGGAGGGGGGGGUUGGGGGCGAGGAAGUAUUUAAAGAGAGCGAUUGAUGUGGGUAAGGAUAGGGGUAAGAAUAAACACAUAGGGGAAGGGGGGGGGGGAGCUUUAUGCUUAUUUUUUAGUCUUGACUUAGGCUUGAGUACAGCUUGUAAAAACUUAGGUUUAAGUGGUUUUUAAAUUUCAACUUAAGCUUAAACUUAGAAUUAGGCCAAUGCUUAAUCUGAGGUUUGUCUUAGUCGUAGACUUAAGCUUUGGCUUGGGCUUUACAUAGAAUUUAAAGUUGGGCUUGAGUUUAAGCUUAAGUUGUCUCCGUAGGUAGCUUAUUAGACUCAAGGUUUAUAUGAAAAGCAGGUUUCUAUCUUUUAGCUGAGGUUUAAGCGUUAUAGACUCAGGCUUAGUCUUAGGCUUGGCCUUGAGCUUGGACUUGAACUUAGACUUGAACUUAAGCUUGGGUUUGGUCUCGGGCUUGGGGUUUGGCUUGAGCGUAGGCUUACGAUUAGGCAGAGCUUUAGGCUUAUUCUAAGGCUUAGGUUUAAACUUAGUCUUAACCUUAAACUUAACCAUUUGUUUAAAAGUAAGCUUAGGUUUUGGAUUAGAGUAAAACUUACGACUAGGCUUAGUCUUGGGCUUUGACUUAAGCUUGUGUUUGGACUCAAGCUUUAUGCCUUAGGCUUAGAUUUAAGCUUAAGCGUGAGCUAAAGAAAAUUAGAAUAGAAUAAGGUAGGGUAGGAUAGGGUAGGGUAGGGUAGGGUAGGGUAGGGUAGGGUAGGGUAGGGUAGGGUAGGAUAGGGUAUGGUAGGGUAGGGUAGGGUAGGGUAGGGUAGGAUAGGGUAUGGUAGGGUAGGGUAGGGUAGGGUAGGGUAGGGUAGGGUAGGGUAGGGUAGGGUAGGGUAGGGUAGGGUAGGGUAGUGUAGGGUAGGAGGGUAGGGUACGCUACGGUAGGGUACGGUAUGUUUUUCAUUUUCAAUUAUCUUCAGGUACCUCAGUACGUUCCUAAGCGACCUCUACGUCAGAAGAGCCAUCGCUGUUUGGGAACGGUAGAGAAGCGGAAUGCUCGCGAACGCUCCCGAGUCUACAUUGUGAACCAAGCCUUUAGUACGCUUCGGAAUCGUGUACCAACGUUGAAGGAUAGUACUAAGCGAGUAUCAAAGCUGAGGAUACUGAAGAGUGCUAUUAAUUACAUCUAUGCACUUAAGGACCAGCUGGCUGACAGUGGUGCACAUGUUGGGUAUUUUGGUACUAAUGAAGGGAAUGAUGGUACUGUAAGUACUAUUGGUACUGUAGAUACUAUUUUGGAACUGCACUGUACUGAACUUGAUGGUAGUGCUGUGCAUACUAUAGGUACUGGUGAUACCAUAAGCACCAGUGGUAUUAUUGGUACUGAUAAUCUUAUGGGUGCAAAUGGUACUGUUGAUCCCAGUGGAACUAUAGGUACUGGUAGUAUUAUGGAUACAAGUGGUACUAUAGGUACUGGUGGUACCAUAGGUUCCAGUGGUACUACUGUACUUACUGAUAGUCUUAUAUGUACAAGUGGUCCUAUUGGUACAAUUUCACACAGCCGUUGUACUGACGUACCAAAUAGCACUAACACUAUCAGUAUUGGUAUUGGUACAGAACUUAUAAAUGGUACCGUAAUAUCCAACAAUAAUGGCAACCGAUUAGAAAAUGGUACUACUGGUACAGAUAGAAGCACUGGACCUACUACGAGUAUUGUAAAUGAUUCUCGUACUCCCACAGUACCACUGGAAGCAUUAGAAGCUAUCAGCAGCUCACCUACAGCACAAAAAAGCCCUACGAAUUUGAAUUUUACUACAGUAUACAUAAGUGAAAGUGUUACCCCUACUCCCAUUAGUACUACCAUACCCACACCUUUGUAUACCACUCAAAAUACGAAGUUAUCAAUGGUCAGUAAGGCUUACUGUACUAAUAUAAACCUAUCGGAACAACCAAAAAUCUGCAAAACUACGGUAACCAGCCCGAACUACAGUAAGCCACUUAUUGUUCUAGCUCAACCUGAAACUUUUAUUCAACUUCAAUGCUACCCGAACAUCACCACCUACGUAUCGUAUCCUCAAAUCAACAAAGUUUUUAAUGAACUUUGA